ACACGGAAGAACACACAUGUUAUCAAAACAAAAAGUCUUUCUUGUCUUUGACCUUUGCUCAAUGAAAUGACACUUCUUUCAUUCGGUUCGUAGAUUUUGUGAUAAAUAUUCGUAAUAUUACACAAGUUACACGGCAAUACGGGUGGAAAAGAGCAAAUAUCUAGUUCAGUGAAAAUGGUGCAUAAAUAUGUGUUGUAUGCGGCUGUGCCCAUAUCGGUGGUGGUAGCUAUAGGAUUGAUUCGCAAGUGGAGGUCUAGCAAGUGGGGCAAAUGUUUGACCAACACCUGUCUCAGAGGGAAGACGUUUCUGAUCACCGGCGCCAACAGCGGCAUCGGGCUGGAGACGGCCCGCGCGCUGGUGAAGAGGAAGGCCAGGAUCAUCUUCGCGUGCCGAGACCUGGAGAAUGCCAAGAAGGCCAUCGCCGAGAUCAGGAAGGAACAGCCGAAUGGAGGAGAGAUGAUCCCCAUGCAUUUAGACUUAGCAUCCUUUGAUUCCAUUGAGAAGUUUGUGGAAGUGGUGAAGGCUGGUUUCCACAAAAUAGAUGUCCUCAUCAACAAUGCCGGUGUGGCUGUGCCUCUGAACCUAGAUCUGAAGACUAAGGAGGGAUUUGAAAUACAUUUUGGAGUCAACCACUUGGGACACUUCUACCUAACCAACUUACUCCUUGAUUUGUUGAAGAGAGCUACACCUAGCAGGGUUGUCAUAAUAUCAUCAACUCUUCACGAGUCAGGGAAAAUCAACUUUGAUGAUCUGAACCAUAAGACUGAGAUAGCAGAAGCACAGUCGGGGAAGAAGAAGUCUCGCCACAACCCCGGGUACAAUGACUCCAAGCUGAUGAAUGUUUACUUCGCCCGCGGGCUGGCCGACCGGCUGCGGGGCUCCGGCAUAGACGUCAAUGUAUGCUGCCCUGGAUUCACUUACACUAAUCUUUUCAGAUAUUCAGUAAAGUGGUACCACUACCUUAUUUUCUCACCAGUUGCUUUGUUCUUCAUGCGGUCAGCUAGUCAGGGAGCCCAAACGGUCAUCUUCUGCGCGUCAGACCCGAGCAUCGAGGGCAAGUCGGGCAAGUUCUACCGAGACUGCACGGAGUAUGCGUCCAAGCACCAGUUCAGCAAGGAGGUGGAGAGCCGCCUGUGGACCGUCAGCGAGGAACUGGUCAAGCAGAGGAAGCCGCUGUGAGGUGGAGCGUGUGUAGGUAGAUUACUGUCUUGUUACAUUCACGAGCAAU